GCGGGGAGCACUCAACAUUUGGUUGCCGCCAGCGACGCGGGCGUCGUUCAAGUCCGAGUUGUCCGCUAUUUAUUAAUCUUAACAAUUAUAAUUUGUAGUAUUGUUUGUCGCCAAUAAGAAAAAGCAAUUAUUUGCAGCUUUGUGCUUUUUCAAAUUUCGUUUUGUUAUUUGUUUUCGUUUUGGCCUCCAUUUGUUUUCAUUUUGUGCCUUACCCAACCCACACACACACACACACACGCGCACGCACGCACACAGAUAACGGCAUGUCGCUAAAGUGUAAUCCGAAAAGUGUGCGACAGUUAAUUCAGUUCACCAAUUGCCGUCUGGUGCGCGACCAUCGGCUGAUCGUGGACGAUCUGUGGGUGCGAGACGGCAAGAUCAUCAAUCCGGAGCCCGUCUUCUAUGAUGAGCGCAGCAAGGCGCAUCGGCGCAUCGAUUGCGGCGGCGCCAUCAUAGCGCCCGGCUACAUAGAUUUGCAAAUCAACGGUGGCUACGGCGUGGACUUCUCGUACGACAAGGAGACAAUUGAGGCCGGCGUUGAGAAGGUUGCCACGGGUCUGGUGCAAAAUGGCGUCACCUCGUUUUGUCCGACGCUGGUGACGUCACCGACGGACAGCUACCACAGCAUAUUGCCGCGCAUGCCGCAGCACAUCGAUGGCGGCGCCAGCAUAUUGGGCGUGCACGCCGAGGGUCCGUUCAUCAAUCCGCAAAAGAAGGGCGCACAUCCGGAGAACUGCAUCCAGACCAUUGACAAUGGCCUGGACACGCUGCGCGCCACCUACGGCCAGCUGGAGCGGAUCAAGAUCAUAACGCUGGCACCGGAACAGGUGCACGAUCCGUGCGUCAUCGAUCAGCUGGUGGCGUCAGGCAUCACCGUCGCCCUCGGCCAUUCCAUGGCCAGCCUCAGCGACGGCGAACGGGCUGUCCAGCAUGGCGCCACACUGAUCACGCAUCUGUUCAAUGCCAUGCUGCCGUUCCAUCAUCGUGAUCCCGGUCUGGUUGGCCUGCUCGCCUCGGAUGCCAUACCGCCGGGUCGCACCGUCUAUUUCGGCAUCAUUGCCGACGGCGUGCACACACAUCCGGCCGCGCUGCGCAUCGCAUAUCGCACCCAUGCCGAGGGACUUAUUCUGGUCACCGAUGCCAUUUCGGCGCUGGGCCUGGAGGACGGAGUCCAUCACAUUGGCCAGCUGCCGCUGGAGGUGAAGCGUGGCAAGGCGUUUAUAGCCGGCACCGAUACGCUCUGCGGCAGCAUUGCGCCCAUGGACGAGUGUGUGCGCAUCUUUAAGCGCGCCACAGACUGCUCGACGGUAUAUGCCAUUGAGGCGGCCACACUGCAUCCGGCGCGCUGUUUGCGCAUCGAGCGAGAAAAGGGCACACUGGACUUUGGUACGGAUGCUGAUUUUAUACUGCUCAACGAUGACCUACAUGUGCUGUCCACCUGGAUAGCGGGCGUUUGUGUGCAUCAAGCAGCUAGCAACAACUAAACCCAUACCACACUCCAUACCCAGCCCCUCCCAUCCAUUCGCCCCACCAUCCACUUAACGCAAAUUGGCUGUUUGUUCUUUUAUGUUGUUGUUGUUGUUGUUGUUGUUGUUUUUUGUUUCUUUAUUGGAUUAGAUGACGCUUUAAAUUGUUCUUUAUAUUUAAUCAUUAAAUCAUUUGGUGUGGACAACUACGCUAAAUCCAUA